AUGGCCUCAAGUAUAGUGGCAUUGAAGGCAGAGCUAGAAAGGAAAAAAGCAGAAGCCAAGUCUCAAAGUCCUGCAGAAUGGCAGACAUGCCUGGCUGCAAAGAAAUUGCAGAGAAAGGAAGCAAUCUAUGCAACGGCUUCGAAGCCGUCACCCGGUGAGACCGGUAGUGCUGAGAAAAAAUUUGAUGAAGAAGAUCAGAAGGAGCUAGCAGCAUCCAGGCUUCAAUUGGAGAAGAAAGCAAAACUGUACGAAAAGUUGACGAAUGCAUCAGACGUGAAUGACCUGAAGGAUGUGUACCUGGUGGACUUUGAGAGAAAGAGCUUAAGUGAACUAAAGAAAAGACCUCUGAGGCCUCCUCCUCCUGAGUUUCCUGUUGAAGAAGUGGAAGAAAAACAGGAAGAAGGAGAACCUAUGGGCCCUGUCCAUUACCAAAAUGUUCUUCACCGUGAGAUCAGGAGCCACGGAGUGGGGUACUACGGGUUUUCCACGGACGAGGAGGCUCGUGCUGCCGAACAGGAGGCCCUGAAGACGUUGCGAAGAGACACUCAGGUCGAGCAGAAGAAGAAGAUUGAGCGGAGAGCAGAGAAGAGGAAGAUGAUGAAAGAAAGGAUCAAGAAGGUAUGGGAGAAAAAGAGACUUCGUGCCGGACUCCCCCUCAAGGAAUCGGCAUCCGAAGGAGACGAGAAAGAUGCCGAAGAGGAAGAGAUAGAAGAGAAGGAGGAAAAGGAAGAGCCAGAGUUAGAUGUUGAAGAAGCAAAAGACCCAAGCCCACUGAUAAAGGAAAAACCUCCCGUCCGGCCAUGGGAUGCCGACAAGAACCCGUUCAUCCAGUUCAGGAAAUCGACAGAGAAAGAUUGGUCAGAGGAUAGGCGCGAGAAAAAGCCCCCAAAUGUCCGGAAGCCACGCGAGAAUCCAUGGUUUGAUGGGAGAAGUGAGGAAAGGUCUGCAGCAUUGAGGAACGCACGUGAAAACACGUGGUUGGAGGAAAGACGUGGGGAGAGGCCUACUGAAUUUGCUCCACCCACCAAGUAUUGA